GAUAAAGAAAAUAAAUUAGAAUCUUCAAUUUUAUUUUCUAUUAAUAAUAUUGUUCAAGAAGAGUUGCCUGAAGAAUGUGAAGAUUCUGAUAUAUUUUUCAAUCAGUUAAUUAUCACGACUCAAAAAAUGCUUGAUAUUCUUAAAGAACACAAGAAUACGAAAAAUAUUAAGUGA